AAUUGAUAUUAUAUUUUUUUUAAAAUUGCUAAUUUUGAUCCAUCAAUCCGAUUUCAAAUCCUAAUUAACCUAAUUUUUAAUUUUAAGGUACGGGCACUGUUUAAGCAGUUAAUCUCUCUCUCUCUCUCUCAUGAUUUUACGCUUCAUAUAUUCUUCUAAACCCUUCCUUCUCCUCUUGUCUUUCUCUCUCUAAAAUUUACUCACUUUUUCUCUCACUACAGACAGAUGACAGACAGAGAGAGAGUGUACCCAUCACGCCUCAAAGGCGGUGCUGCUCCGGGGGCUGCGAACGGCGGCCCCAGUCUGGCAGUCCCUCCGAACAAAGCGCAUCCAUACAACGCCGCGCGUCCAGUCUACCGGCCGAAGGCUCCGCCGCGGCGGAGCCACCGCAGAGGCUGCUGUUGCUCGUGCUGCCUCUGCACAACUCUCUUCAUCUUCAUCAUCCUCCUACUCGCCGCCAUCGCCGGCGCCGUUUUCUACGCCCUCUACCGCCCCCACCGCCCUUCCUUCAACGUCGCAUCCCUCAGCCUCUCCGAAUUCAACCUCACCGACACCGCCGUGACCUCCGCCUUCAACGUCACUAUCACCGCCCGCAACACCAACAGCGAGAUCGCCUUCUUCUACGACCAGAUCUCCGUCAAAAUUAUCUCCGGCGAGAUCGGCAUCGGCGACGGAAUUUUCCCCGGUUUCACACUGAGUAAGAAGAACGCCACCAAUUUGAGAGCCAUCGUCUCGACCGCGAAUUAUGUGUUUCCCGACGGAACCGAUAUCUCGCCGCUGAAAUCGAGCUUCAACAGCAGGAAUUUACCGGUGAAGAUUCAGAUGGAGACGAAGGUGAAGACGAAAAUUGGGAAAAUCGAGACUACGAAGCUGAAAAUUAGGGUUUAUUGCAACGGAAUUAAUAUUGGAAUCCCCAAUGGCGAAACGGCGUCGGUUGCAGCAAUUUCCAACUUGAAGUGCAAGGUUGAUCCCAGAAUUAAGAUCUUCAAAUGGACUAUUUAAGGAGAAAAAAAAAAUUAUCAUGCAAAAUGUGUGAGAUUAUAUAUUUUUGAAAUUAAACGAAUUUAUUUC